CUCUGUGCUCGAUUUUCGUGUGUUCAGUCAAGGUCAUUGUAGUCUCGUGGAAGCAAGAGUACUCUUGGUGGAAGAGUUGGAGUGUGAGUCUGCUGAGCUAGCUGGAAGACUUCCUCCUCUAUAAUUUUUUUACCGGGAAACAUUCUCCCCUUUCAGUUUCUUUACCAUUGAAGAGAUGGGACGAACAACUCGUGGAUCUAUCGCCGAUAAGGAGAAUACGCCACUCGUGGAAAGGAAGACCCGACUCAGGAGUGGCAAGACCCCUUUGGCAGCAAGUGUCCCUCGCAAGGCUCUGGGCGAUAUCAAUAGCAACAUUGUCUCCUCACCUCGCGUUUUGACACCGGCAAAAAAGGCUGUAAAGCGGAAAGCAGCUGAGAAGAAGGUGACUUGCCCAGAAAGCUGCCCCAGCAGCAGCAAUGCCAAAUCCACUGCUGCCGUCACCAAGGAGGAGGCUGUGCCAGUUAGCAGCAAUCUCGACGGUGGCCGUCAUGAAGUAGCCAUGCCCGUCAGUGCUCCGGCUUCUGUGAAAGCUACGACACAGCCUGCUGUGCAGCAACUAGCUCUUCCGGCAAAAAACCCGGAUACCGCUGGAGAAACCAGUCCGGUCCUUGACGUGGCCAUGAAUACUGCUCUCAGACCCGAACAGUCUGCUAGUGAGCCAUCGGAUUACUCUUCCAGACCACCGUCGUGCCAGCACCUGACCAAUGAUGAAUGGGAGUACCUCCAGAUGACUGCAGGCCCAGACCAUGUUGCAUUCUGGUGGAGAGCAGCUGAAGAGAGACGCGAAGCACUCAAAGAACUUAUCGAUGAGAAUGUCCAGGUACAUCAACAGAAUAGACAACUCCGGGAUGAGCUUCGCCGACUGAAGACCAAGGAGAGCGAAGCCAGCUACUACAGCCUCAUGGCACGCCUAUGGGAGUUGGAAUCUAGUAGCAGCGACGUCAAAGCAUGCUGAUCGCUACCAGCACGUCUGACAGUAGGCCCUGCUCAGCGUGAUGUGUUGCACUAUGUAAUAUUCCUACCUACGCAUCUCUGCCAGCAGCAUCCCUACACAUUGUUCCAUGCAUAGGCCCUUGAAGUUCCACUCAUUGAGACACUGUUUCCUUCCUUUGCACGGUGAUAGCACAGGCUUAUCUAUGAUGAACAAAACUCUGUAGUUGUGUUUGUCGCAAGCACCUGCUCCUCACUCCAGAUAGUACAUUGACUGACCACUUGACAAUAGCACCUCUCCACUUGAUCUUGUAAUCAUUAUUUAUAGGGUUUUCAAUCGUUCCAACCUGCACUGUUCUAUUCUUCCAACCCACCGGUUUUAUCAUGUCACCUAGUCUGACGUUUAUAUUAAUGAUUUUAUGUUGCGUGUAAUGCAAUGUUCUUUUUCUGUUUCUGUGUACUUUUUUUGCACAUUCCAAGGAGUGGUCUUUUGCCAUUCCUGGGACAUUCCUGAAACCUCAUGACCCUCGCUCCCUGGGAUCCCCAUUGAUCAGGACAAGCUGUUCCAUUUGCAAACAAAAUGAUGAAAAAUCAUACUUCAAAGUGAA